AUGCCCAAUGAUGCCGCUGUCGCCCUGCGAUGCACACAUACCUGUACAUCUGUCUACAUACAUCGUACACACCACACACACACAGCUGUCAGCCCCAAGCAUCUAGGACUACUUGUAUCCCCACACAGCCUCAAGCACCAAGUCCCAAGACCGGGUUUUGGUCGAGUCAACUUUCUGCCUCGCCGGCACAGCCAGCGAGACUUUCUACGAGGCCUUCUCCCCCUUCUCCCAGCUUCAGCCUGGGUUCAGUCCGGUACCUUACCUGGACAUGGCCAGGCAGCCAGCCCAAGACGGGGCCCUCUUGUCUCUGCGCUCUCGAGUAACUAUAUAUCUAGCCAUGCCCUCGGCCACACUCCAUGUUCUGGUUUUCUUCUCUCAUCAAGUCAUCGUACCUCAAACCCAUACGCCAAACCCUACCAUUGCAUCUUUGUAGUUCAAAGUUUUACCUCGAACCAGCCUACCAUCACCAUUGAUCACCAAGCGCAACCAAGAAUCACCAUCGUCAUCACAACCAUCACAACCAUCACCACCAUCACCACCAGCAACACCAUCACCGCCCUCACCACCACUACCACCACAUCACGCAAGAUGUCUUCCAGAUACAGCAACGCCAAGCCGAUCGUCCACCAGGCCCCGGCCUCGAUUAACAGCGACUACUCUUCUAGUUCGUACGGCUCCUCUACGCCACGCUCCGUGUCGCGGGGCGAUGAGGCCUACCUCCGUGUCUACGGCGCCUCCGGACACCAGGCCACGAUAAGACACACGGCCCCGGGCGUCACCGUCAUCAACCGCAACCAAACCAGCCAAGAGAUCGACGCGCCGACGCCGCCUUACGUCGGUGGUUACUCGAGGCAUUGAAGCGUUGCGGCCUCCUCUCCUUCUUCCUCAUACGCACACACACACACACACACACACACACACACACACACACACACACACACACACACACACACACACAAAUACACACACACACAAAUACGCAACACCAUACAACCUUUCACCUACCUAUUCUUUGUAAAUGCAUCACUUGGCGUUUUUGAAAUUCGA